AUGUCUCCACAAGCUUCAAGUUCCACUCUCCAAAUCGACGUGACCUCUGCCACCAGGCCCGGGAUGCGGUCCAGGGCAGGCAGCAUGAUGGCGGUGGCAUCGACGCCGACCGAGCUGCGCGAUCACUCCGUCGACAGCAGCGCAUGGGUCGUCCCCGACCACAUCGUCGUCAACGACUUUAUGUUUUGUGCGGAGCAUGGGGACGAGUACUGCCAUGCGUGCUGUUGUGACCAUCGGCUUACGAAUAAUAUAAGGAUCGAGGAUGAGCUGGAGGGUGUGGAGAAGUUUGAUUUUGAGUUGGAUUGGGAGGACCGACAAUCUAUAAACGUUUAUGCGUUGGGUGCAGUGGCGGAUAUCACUACCGAGGAUUCCUUCCAAUGCGAGAAACACGAGACGGUCGAUUGCAAGGAGUGUUUCAAUUGGGUGGAGGUUGUGAAGAAGCAUGCGGAGGCUGUGGAAGAGUUUGGGAGGUGGAAUUUGGGGAGUGCGCAUAAGGAGGGGUCGGUGUUGCAGGAGGCGAUGGAGAGGCUGGCUGUGGAGAAGAAGCGGGGGGAAUGA